AAAAGGAGCAGAGAGAGAGAAGCAGAGUCACUCACAUACUACAUUUAUAUGCGCACAGGAAUAUAUUUUUAGUGAGAGAAAAAAAGGAGGAGAGAGAAAAAGGAGGUGGAGUCCACAACCACAAAGCGUUGCAUUGAGAAAAUCGGAGGAGAGUUCUUCUGGGUUCUGGGAAAUCGUUGAGGAUUUGGGAGGAGCCGAGCCGAGCUUGUUUGGUUGAUCGGAAGAGAUUGGGUGGGAAUGGCGAGUCCGCAGCCGCCGCGGAGCCACAGAUUGGCCUUGACGCCGGGGACACCUGUCACCCCUGCGCCCGGUGCGUCUUCCGGAGCUAGGGUUUUGACUACGCCGUUGACUGAUGAAUCGAUUUGGAAGCGGCUCCGCGACGCCGGGUUGGAUGAGGAGUCCAUCAAACGCCGCGAUAAGGCUGCUCUCAUUGCCUAUAUUGCCAAAUUAGAAUCUGAGCUAUAUGACCAUCAGCAUCAUAUGGGCUUGCUCAUCUUGGAAAGGAAACAAUGGGAAUCCAAAUAUGAGCAACUGACAGCCACAGCUGACUCAGCUCAAUUGCUGUAUAAGAGAGAACAGGCUGCACGAAUUUCGGAGAUGACAGAAGCCAAGAAACGAGAAGAUAAUCUGAAGAAGGCUCUUGGAAUUGAGAAAGAAUGUGUUGCAAAUAUUGAGAAGGCGUUGCAUGAGAUGCGUACAGAUUCUGCCGAGGCAAAAGUUGCAGCAGAAACUAAAUUGGCUGAAGCUCGAAGGAUGAUGGAGGAUGCUCAGGAGAAAUAUACAGAGGCAGAAUCAAAGUUGCACACAGCAGAAUCCUUGGAAACGGAAGCCAAACGAUUUCAUCGUACUGCAGAAAGAAAACUACAAGAAGUUGAAGCACGAGAGGAUGACCUCAGAAGACAGAUAUUAUCAUUUAAAUCUGAGUGUGAUGCUAAAGAGAGUGAGAUUGACCUUGAGAGAAAAUCAUUAUCGGAAAGGCAGAAAACUCUGCAACAGUCGCAAGAAAGGUUGCUUGAUGGGCAGGCACUGCUGAAUCAAAGAGAAGAGCACAUCCUCAAUAGAUCUCAAGAAUUGAGCAAGUAUGAGAAAGAGUUGGAUGAUACGAAAUCAAACUUAGAAAAUGAACGUAAAGCCCUGAAUGAGCAACGACGCAAUUUGGAACUUGAGGCAGUGUCUUUAUCCAAAAGAGAAGAGGAAGCUAUUAGAAGAGAAUGUGACCUUAAACAGAAAGAGGAAGAAUUGCUCCUGUUACAGGGAAAGCUUGAAAGCAAAGAGUUUGAUGGUGUUAAAAAAGCUAUGGCUAAUCGUGAAGCUGCUUUAGUAACAAAGAAAUCUACAAUUGAGGCUGAAUUAGAAUUGAAAAUGAAAUUGGUGGAAGAGGAAUUAGAGGCCAAGAAACGGGCUUGGGAAUUGAAAGAAAUGGAUAUGAAGCAGCGAGAGGACCUGAUUUCUGAUAAGGAGCAUGAUAUGGAUAUGCAGUUGGGACGACUUGCAGAGAAAGAGAAAGAAAUGGAUGAGAGGUUACAUUUUCUGGAGGAGAAAGAGAAAAAUCUUAUAGCUGCUGAAAGAGAGGUAGAAUCAAAGAUGACUGAUCUGCUACGUGAUAAGGAAGAAGUUGACCGCAUAAAGGAUGGCCUUCAAAGGUCUUUGGAUGACUUGGAGCAGAAAAAGACAUACAUUUGUCAUGAGGAAGAGAAAGUAGAAACUAUGAAAAGUGAAACAAAAGAACUCCUCAGUCUAGAAAUGAGAUUGAAAGAAGAGAUUGAUAUGAUUAGAGCACAGAAGUCUGAACUUGAGGGUGUGGCAGAACAAUUGAAAGCAGAGAAGGCUAAGUUUGAAACAGAGUGGGAGUGUAUUGAUGAGAAAAGAGCAGAACUGCAGAAGGAAGCAGAACAAAUUUCUGAGGAGAGGUUAGCCAUCUCUAAGCUGCUUAAAGAUGAGCGUGAUGCUCUGAAAGCAGAGAAGAAUGCAAUUCAAGAGCAGUAUAAACAAGAUCUAGAAAUGCUAUCCCGUGAUCGCGAAGUAUUUAGGAGUGAAGUUGAUCGUGAACGUGAAGAAUGGUUUGGAAAGAUUCAGAAGGAACGCGCAGACUUCUUGCUGGAUUUUGAGAUGCGGAAGAAGGAAUUAGAGAACUGUGUUGAGAAAAGGCGUGAAGAAAUUGAAAGGGACUUUAUGGAAAGAGAGAAAGCUUUGGAGGAAGAAAAGAAAAAAGAGCUUGAGUCGAUCUCUUCCUUAAGAGAGACUGCAGCAAAAGAGAUGGAAUAUGCUCAAUUAGAAAUGAAAAGGCUUGAUGCUGAGAGAAAAGAGAUCAUUUCAGAUCGUGAGAAACGGAAUAAAGAGUGGGCAGAGUUAGACAAUGCUAUAGAAGAGCUCAAGGUGCAAAGAUUGAAGUUGGAGAAACAAAGGGAGCUGCUUCACGCUGAUAGGGAGGAGAUUCUCUCUCAGAUUGAGCACCUAAAGAAAUUGGAGGAAAUUAAAGUCAUUCCGGAUCGUAUCCGUGUUCCUGUAAAACAACAGUCACGUGUGCGAUCUGAUGAACCAAAACUCUCUUCCAAGCAACUUUUGAAACAACAAUCUGAAUUGGGUUCUGGUCCCAGCAGACAGCUUAACAAUGGUGUUGGACAUGAUUCUCCUAUUAGAGGAGAGUUGGAAAAUUCCUCUUCUCCCCUCUCUACUCCUUUCUCAUGGCUUAAGAGAUGUGCUGAUACAUUGCUUGAUCGGGGACAGAGCAACAAAAGGAGGAGGCAAGAUUUUGCAUCUCAAUCACAAGACAAUAUAACACCUUGUGAACUAGCAACUGAAUUAGAUGAACAAGCUUCUGAGAAUCCAGAGGUGGAGUUUGACCAAAUUCCAGUUAGUGCAGAGGAGACUACUGUAUUCAUAGAUAAAGUGGUUACAGUUCGAGAAGUGACCACACUUGAUGUCAAAAGAGUUCCUGGGGACACUCAGGGAGGUUUGCCCGAAAAGAGCAAUUAUAAGGGAGGAAGUAGUGAUGACAGUGGCCACUUAGAUAGAAUUGGGAAGCUUGAAGAAGAUAGGACUAUAUCGAGAAAGUAGUUUUAGAUUUCUUGACAACUCCAAGUUUGCAAGACGGUGUCAGGCUAUCAGCAAUACUAUAGAUGUAGAUCUAAUUACUAAUUCAACCUUUGAAGCCAGAAUAUAAUGUAUAGAGUAGCGGGUACAAUCUUUACUGCACAUGCUGACCAGUUUCUGCGGCUGAACAUGUAAAUCAUUCAGGCUGACCUGAUACUCUAGUGGUCUGUAAAUUCUGUGUGUUUGCGUGGCAGAGUUUCGUUUGUGGAUAGUAUUUUUAGGUGGUUGGUUAAUGGAUGUGUGAAGUUUGGUGUUUGAAUACUUCUGUGCUCCCAUGAUAUGGUGUCUCUACAUUUAGAGUGGUUUUGUUUACUAUUAUUAUGUUUGGUUUUUGAGAAUUUAGGUAUCUAUCAUUGUUUGAGAUAUUGCAGUGUGAUGUACUGGGAUGUAGCCCGUCCAAAUGAAAUUUCCUUUGUGAUAGUAUUGUUAUUUUUCAA